AUGGCAUCUGGUGUGGCGACUAUUCAAAUAUCUAAGAAUGUAGUGCUGCCAAUUCUUUUAUACAUUAAUAGGUCUCAAUUAUUGAAAAAUAAUUCAUCAUCCUCUUAUUCUUCGUCAACAAAUGAUGAUAAUCUUUUCCAAGCUCCCAUAAUUUCAAAUAACUCUAUUAUUUGUCUAAAAUCCGCUAACACAAAAUUAUAUCUUUCAAACAUUGAUAUGAAGAACCUUAUUGAGGAAAUAAGAGAUGAUAUUCUCUUAAUUAUUUAUGAAAUUACUUCUAUUGAAAUCAUCGAAACUGUAUUAAAUAAAGUAAGAAUAGGAAAUACGAUUGAUUUUAAAUCUUCUGUGUUACCAGUGCUUUUUCCAAAUGGAGAUCCCUCUAACUUUGUUGAUUCUAAUAUUACCACUAUUACUAGAGUUGGUAAAUAUAAAUAUAAGCUGAAUUUUAAAAAAAAUUGGGAACUAGAUAUAUAUAUUGAAAAUAUUAAAAAAUUGCAAGCAAUAAGAUAUUAUAUAUUGUUUGGUUCAUACCAAAAUUCCACGCAUGCCACGAAUAUCUAUCAACAGAGAAGGAUUCUUUUAGCUGAAAAGUAUAAUGUUGAUGAGAAUAAUGGAACACCAAUUAUUUCCGUUGAACCAGCUGAUGAAAGUAUUCCCAUUAGUGAAGACCCAGUAUUAGUUCAAGAAGAUGAAGAAGAUAAGAAGCCACAAAUUGCGUUUAAGUAUAAUCCGGUUACAAACCUUGGUGGAUGCUUGAGCAUUCAUGUCUUGCAACGACCAAAAAGAAAACAUUACAUUUUGAAAAAAUGA